AUGAUAUCGAAUAUCGGCCGCUUCGUCAAGCAAAUACAGACAACGCGCAGUCAUACACCGUUUGCACUAUCGGUAUCAAAGAAUCCCGGGCCUGGCGAUUCUGUACAAAAUGGGUCAAACCAUGGGCUGUGCGGCACUUUCAUCCUGUUUGUCUUCGUCAUCGAGCGAUACGCCAUCUACAACUUUGAGGCUUCAGGCUUGGCCUUGGCAGAUCCCGUCGAGAAUUAUGGUGACGCAACAGAGAGUGCGAAGCGAUGGGUCGAGGAUCUGUCACCCCAGGUUUCACCUGUCAUGGUGCAUUCUCACAACGACUACCUGAGACCCAGACCUCUGUUCUCGGCUUUAUCUGUUGGCUGUGCUAGCAUAGAGGCAGACAUCUGGUUGAGCAGCAACGGCAGAGAUCUAUUGGUCGGUCAUAACUGGUGGAAUCGCAGAGCGGAGAUAACACUCGAGUCACUAUACACCAAGCCUUUGCUACAGAUUUUGGAUGCGAUCAACUCCAAACCCCACGCCAACAACCUGAUGGAAACAAACAGUCCUGCCGGUGUCUUUGCAACAGACCCAAACAAGACGCUGGUCCUAUUCAUCGAUGUCAAAGACGACCCUGUAAAAACAUGGCCAGUCUUGUUGAAGCACCUGGAACCUCUACGAGCAAAGGGCUAUCUGUCGUUUCACGAAAAGCUCCCUUCAACACCCACGAACCAAACAUUCAAUUCCAGACCAAUAACUGUCGUGGGUACGGGUAGUAUUGUCAGCCAACGAGCCGUCAACAUCGGUACAGACUUGUCCAAAUGGGAGAAAUACCAUGAUGUAUUUCUCGAUGCAUCCCUGGAUCUACUUUCUCAAUAUGGGUUUUGCCGGACGGUCGACAACUUGUGUCCCGAGGUGCGAGAAAACGAGUUCUACACAGCUUCCGUGUCUAUAUGGAGAGCCCUUGGGAUCGUCAUGCCAUACUUGAGCCAGGGGCAAAGGGCCAAGCUCAGAAAACAUGUUCAACUUGCGAAAGAUCUCAAUUUGAAGUCAAGGUACUGGGAGUUGCCAGCAUGGCCAACGUCACAGAGGAACUAUGCCUGGAGGAUACUUAUGGAAGACGGCGUGGACCUGCUGAAUGCAGAUGACAUAGUCGGCGCGACUACAAAACACUGGCAUUCCGACUACACAAUAGAAAUUCAUUGA